UUUGUUUUGAUGGUAAGAAUGAUAGAGAUGAACUGGAGAACAACAGUGGGCAUCUAUGGUUUUGGAAUUAUAUGGAAAGGUGCGUGAUGUAAGGCUAUGUCUGCAACGGUUAUUUUCCUUGCUUCCAAGAUCAGAGCAUGCAGAUGUAGAGCAGCUGCUUUGUCGUUGCUCCAAUCUGAACCAUCUUCACCAAACUCAAGCCUUCAUGCUUACCAGAGCUCUCAAGAAAGACCCACCAUCUUCCUCUACAACAACCUCAUCUCUGCUCUAUCUUCACACAAUCCCACUCUUGCCAUUUCUCUCUUCAACGCCAUUCGCCUCCAUGGCUUGCGACCAGACUCUUACUCUUUUCCUUUUGCUCUCAAGGCCGUUUCUUCUUCACCUUCCCUCCGUCUCGGCCGCCAGAUUCAUUCUCAAGCCAUUCUUUCCGGCUUCGCCACCCAUCCCAUUGUCCUCACCUCCCUCAUUCACAUGUAUUCCUCCUGCGCUAACGUUUCCUCUGCCCGCAAGCUAUUUGAUGCCGCCGCUUUCAAACAUGUUUCUCUCUGGAACGCUAUGCUAGCCAGUUAUGCCAAGCUGGGUGAUCUCUCCAAUGCUCGCAACUUGUUUGAAUCUAUGCCUGAAAAGGAUAGGAAUGUUGUUUCAUGGACUACUCUUAUUUCCGGAUACACGCACACUCACAGUCCUCAGCAGGCUAUCACUCUUUUCCGCACUAUGCUGCUCCACAACGUGCAGCCAGAUAAAAUUGCCAUUUUGGCUGUGCUCUCUGCGUGUGCGGACUUGGGUGCUCUCCAGUUGGGAGUGUGGAUUCACAACUGGACAACCAUGAUUGCUGGACUUGCUUUACAUGGUCUGGGAAAGGAGGCCCUCGACCUAUUUUCUUGCAUGGAGAAGGCUGGAGUCAGGCCAAAUGAAGUGACCUUUAUCACCAUCCUUUCUGCUUGUAGCCAUGCUGGAUUGGUUGAACUGGGCCGCUAUUAUUUCACGGGUAUGAGAUCCAAAUAUGGAAUUGAACCAACGAUAGAGCACUACGGGUGUAUGGUUGAUUUGCUUGGCCGUGGUGGCUAUCUUGAGGAAGCAAAGGAGCUAGUUAGGUUGAUGCCGUCUGAAGCCAAUGCAGCUGUAUGGGGAUCCCUUCUUGCUGCUUCAAAUAGAUACGGCGAUGCUGCACUGGCAGCGGAAGCUUUGCACCAUCUAAGUGUGAUGGAGCCCCAGAAUUGUGGGAAUUAUUCUCUCCUAUCCAAUACUUACGCUGCGCUUGGUAGGUGGAAGGAAGCUGGUAUGGUGAGGAAGGUUAUGCGGGAUACGGGUAUGGAAAAGGUGGCAGGUGUCAGUUUUAUUGAGGUGAACAAUACAGUAUAUGAAUUCAUCGCGGGAGACAGAUUAAACAUCAAAUUUGUUGACAUUUGUCAUGUCCUACAAAGCAUAAACGGGCAACUCAAGAUGAUUGAUGUGAAAAGGGAACAAUCCAUAGAACUAUAUUGAUGGAAGAGUUUAAAGCCUUGUGAUUUGAUGCUUCUAACUAUGAGAAGGUGGAUGAUAAAAUUGUAGUUUGAGUUGUAAUACUUGUAUUUGAUAUUGUGAGUUAUCUUA